AUGGAAAACAAUCCAAAUGAGGAAUUUGUCUUUCUUGCCUACAACGACCACGCACUUCGUACCAAUAAAAAAAAUGUCCAGUAUGUAGACAGAAGUUUCUAUAACUACGGGGCUCAUGAAAAGGGAGUCAUGGGAUGGGCAAUGGAUCCAAAUAAUCCUGACGAAAGGAGUAAAGGGCAUAAUAAUCCAGCACACACUGCCAAAAUGGCCAGUCCAGUCAACUCCUGGAGGAACAUUUAA